CUCUACAUCUAAACCUCAAAAGAAAGCUAGAAUUAGUUCUGCUUCUGAUAAUGGAGAUUCUACUAGCUCGUCUUCCUCCAAAUUAAAACGUCAAGAAAGUCUAAUGAAUUGGUAUACAAAACCAAUGUCGCAAGACCAACAUGCUAAAAUAGAUAAAAGACUACUUGAUGCAGUUGUUUAUAGCAACUUGCCUUUUAAGAUUAUCGAGAAUCUCUAUAUCAUUAAAUUUCUUAAUGAAUUAGCUCCAAAUUAUAAACCACUCUCUGCUGAUACCUUAAGCUCUAAAAUUCUCAAUAAUUCAUUUUCAGCUUACCUGGAAAAAAAUUGGGAUAGGAUACCUGUAACUAUGGUCACACUAGCAAGACAGGCAGCUCUGGGGCAUCUGUGCAACUUUGGGUUACAUGAA